CAACGUUGAAAGUUUUUAAAGGGCACCAACAGCAACCCUUGGUACCAUCUGUGUGCGAUGCAAAUCCCGCGUCAAGGAUUGCAAAUGCACCGCGUAUUAUUAUGACGACCAAGAUUUUCUAGAUCUUUUGCAUAGCUUUGAGAUUCUCAUGAUGCCCGAGGAAAAGGGUAUCAAGUUGACGGACAAGAUCCUGAGGUUGUUCCAAGGCACAGGAAAACCCUUCACAGCGAAUGCCAUUCUAAAAGAACUGCCCAAGGAGGAAAAGAAGACCAACGUAGAAAAGGCUCUGUGCAAGUUGGUUGACUCAGAGGAAGUUGUGGAGAAGACCUUUGGCAAGAAAAAGCUUUACUUUGCCAAGCAGACAAAGGUGGACUCUUCGAAGCUGUUGGAGCUUCGAAACAAACUCAAUGAGAAUAUCAACCUUCUGGACAGAGAGUUGUUGAAUGUGGAGCAGGCGGUCAAAACUCUCGAGAGCGAAGUGAGGCAACAGACUGACAAGGGAAAGCAAGAUCCAGACCAAAAACUCAGCGACGCCGAGUUGCAAGAGGCCAUUGAUGAGAUGCAAAAGAGGCUGGACAGCCUUGUGCGUCAGAAGGAGAAAAUUCUAGCAGCCAAUGGUCCGAAGAAAUGCAAACAGAGCAAAGCUGUUUAUGAAAAGGCCUGGAGGCAGAGGAAGCGAAUGGUCAGGGAUGUCAUGGACGCAGUCUUGGAGAACUCAGAGAUGACCAAACAGAAGCUCAUUGAGGACAUUGGGCUGGAGACUGACGAAGAUGCCGGGGUCUCCCUUCCCUGAUCAUUAAUAGUUUGAAACAUCUCAUAAGAUUAACAAUAAGAUAUUUACUGCUUAUCACAAUUAUAAUAAUUAGUUUAUUGUAAUUUAAAGAAAAUAAAAUUAACGUACAAGGGCCAAAGUUAAGAUUUCUCCAGUUUGCUGAAGUGCUCAUAAGGUACUUCUUUGGUGAUGUAUUUAUCCUGAAAUAAUAAAUAUAUUCUUACCAAAUGGA